CAGAUGGUUUGUGGUGGGGGGGACAGGAAGUAAAAGUUUCUUCAAGCACAGAACGAUGCUGAGACCUCCUCAGGGCUUUACCCCAACCCCCUCCUUCUUUCCCCAGAUCCAAGGCUGUCAGAGAUGACGCUGGUUCUGUCCAUGAAUAGAUUCUGCGAGCCCAUUGUCUCAGAAGGAGCUGCUGAAAUUGCCGGGUACCAAACGCUAUGGGAGGCUGACAGCUACAGAGGAGCGAGUCCCCCAGGACCAGCACAGGGUCCUUCACAGGGAGACCGGGGAGCCAGCCCACAACCGGCAGGGUCCCAUGACAGGGGAAUUCCGAGUCCUGUAAGCACACCCAACAUCACACACUUCAAGAGGAAGUACACGGAGGAGGAGGAUACUCAACCCCCACUCAGCGGCUGUAGCCAUAAAGUAUGUUUUAAAUAGUAGUUGUUUCAUUAACGGUUACCGUAGCACUGACUUGAA